UUUUUCUUGUAAAAUUAUUUUUUUUGGAUUUUAGGGGGCAAGAGGUGAUUUUACAAGGCCAUGGAUGACGCCUGUGCCGCCAUUGGAAGAAAGUGUAGAGAAAGUUGUUGAAUUUCCGACGGAAGAUGAGUCAAAUGGCAUGAUAUUGAUGGGUUGGAGAGGCCCUCAUGUACAGGAAUAUUACGAGCUUGCCGCGUUGGACAUUCUCAUGCAGUAUUUGACUGAUACAUCUGCUGCACCUUUGCAAAAAGAGCUGGUUGAAAUUGAGGACCCCUUAUGCAGUGACAUUGGUUAUUCUGAGUUGGAAAAUUUUGAGACAUGUUUUCUAUUCAAAGCAAGUGGUGUUCCAAAAGAGAAAUUGUAUCAGCUUCGAGAAAGUGUGGAAAAGGUUCUUCAGCAAAUAGCAACAGGCCAGUCUGUAUUAGACAUGGAACGUAUGAAUACCGUUAUUCACCGUGAGAUUUUAGACAGCUUGGAUAAACUUGAAGAUAACCCGCAUGAUACAAUGGCCCAGGGACUCAUUGGUGACUUUUUGUAUUCCAAUAAACCGGAGCAGCUCAAAGAGUAUCUAAACGACCUGCCACGUUUGGAACAGCUGAACAAGGAACCGGAACAAUUCUGGAUUGAUUUGUUAAAAAAAUACCUCAUCGACAGGCCUAAAGUUGUGAUCAUUGGAAAUCCAAGUGAAAAGAAGAUGAAAGAGAUGGCAGAAGAAGAGAAACAGCGGAUAGAGGAGCAAAGGAAGUUACUUGGAGAAGAUGGUCUGUCAGAGAAAGAAGAUGAAUUAGAGAAUGCAACUGACGAAAACGAGGUCGAGCCGCCACCGAAUCUCGUAAGCUCGAUGAAAGUACCAUCAACCGACAGCAUACCAUUCCAUGCCAUUCGAACUGCUACAAACACUCGGAAGACAGAGAAUUCCCCGGCAAAAGUACCAAAGUUUCAUGUGUCAGAAAUCCCAUUCGCCUUCCAGCUGGAUAACAUCAAAUCUUUGUUCCUUCAGAUGUCGGUUGUUUUCAAUACAUCUGCCAUCCCGCAAGAUCUUCGCUUUUAUUUGCCUCUUUACUCAGAUCUCAUAUUUGAAUUGCCAAUCCUCCGUGAUGGCCAGCUGAUUCCACACGAUGACGUGGUAAAACAACUAGCGGCAGAUACCCUCUCCAAUGCUGCAAGUGUUGGAAUUUGUGGCGAUACUUUCUCGCCCGGGAGGUGUUCAGAGGUCUUUAUGCUCCAACUCAAGAUGGAAACUAGCAAGUUUGAGAGAGGUAUUCAGUGGCUGCGAGAGCUGUUAUACAAAGUGCAAUUCACUGCUGACCGAAUCAAAAUAGUCGCAACCAAGAUUCUGAAUGACAUACCCAACGAAAAACGUUCUGGAAAGAAAGUUGCCCAAGCUUUGAUAAGAGACAUCUACUAUGUGAAAGAAAGCAACUAUUUUAUCAGUAAUAUGGUAAGGCAACAGAAGUUUCUUUCUCAAAUGACGGAGAAGCUCACAACCAACCCGCAACAGGUGAUCAAUGAUCUAGAAAAACUGCGCGAGUUAAUCACCAAUCCGGGAUCAAUUCAGUUUUUCAUGGCUGUAGAUGGUCAGAAAUUGCAAACAGAUGCUCAUGCAGUGAUUAGCGAAAAGUUUUUGCCCGAGGAAAUCAGAGCGCAAACAUCAAAGGGGAAUUCUCCGGUCACGCCAGAUAACAAACUAGUCUCUAAUAAAUUUGUUUCAAAGAUAAUUGGCAUUGGGGCAGUUGAGUCCUCCUUUUUUUACCAAACUACACCAUGCAUUUCAAAUUUCGCUGAUGACGAUUAUGCACCAUUGCUUGUGCUGGUAGAGUACCUUUGUGCUUUAGAGGGCCCGCUGUGGAGACAGAUUAGAGGCCUGGGUCUAGCUUACCAUUACAGUAUAUCUGUGGACCCACUCUCUGGCAAGCUGACUUUUGUCCUCAUGAAAUCUACUCACAUAUUCUCAGCAUUUCAAAAGGGGAAACAGAUAAUUAACGACUUUACUUCUGGGGAAACGCCCUUUGAGGAAGAUCAAUUAGAAGCCGCCGUCAGUGGUAUAAUAUUCCAAACUAUUGAAAAGGAACAGACCGUUGGGGAUGCAGCGUUUGAGAGCAUGAUGUCAACUUUCAAAGGAGUUGGACAGCAGUUUAGCAAAGACCUUCUUCAGAAAGUGUCCAAAGUAACAAUUGAUGACGUAACUAGAUGUGGGAAGAAGUAUUUCACAAAACUAUUUGAUCCUGAGUUCUCUUGCUCUGCUCUCUGCUGUCAUCCCUCGAAGGUUGAUGAAAUCACAAAGGAUUUCCAAGGGAUUGGUGUCAAUCUUCAGAUUGUAAACAACCUGGAUGAUGAAUUCACAUUUUAACCAAGGUAGACUGGUAGAUGCACAUGUAGAUGUCACUUUAUUGUGUUUUUAAUUGUCAUAGACGUGUCCUUAGCCAGUAAAAGUCACACACCGAAUUUUAAAUUUUGUACUUAAGCAUAUUUUCUAUUCGAGAAAUUGAAGAUCUAAGAAGAGCACCUAUUUGA